GUGGGUUUGAUAAGACAAGGCUAUGCCUGCGACACAUGUGGGUUCUCAUGUCACACAACCUGUGUAGAAAAGGCUCCCACAGCUUGUCCAGCGCCUUCCCAGCAGAAGAAAGGUGCCCUCUGUCUAGACACACCGGCAGCCAUGGGAACAGCCUAUGAAGGCCGUGUCUGGAUCCCAAAGAAGGCAGGGGCGAGGAAGGGAUGGCAGAGAGCCCUGGCGGUCGUCUGUGACUUCAAGCUCUUCCUGUACAACGUGGAUGAAGAAAAAGACUCCAAACCCAACGUUGUCAUGAGUCAAGUGAUUGACAUGAGGUCACGGCUUCGCAGCUCUCAGCACCUCGUAACUGGUACCCAGUGCCCAUCCUAG